CACACUCAAAUUCCCUUCUCAGACGCCACGUAACACUCUACAUUCAUGUCUCUUCCCACACUCCUAGAUACUAAGGAAAACACUACUUUCCCUAAACUCAAGAUCAAAGAUGGAGGCACAACACCCUCUUCUUCACACAACUCUUUCCCUCCCAUACCCACCACUACACAUAACACACCCCAAAUCGAAGAUAGCGAUGAAGACGUUUUCACCGUUCCAGAUGUAGAAACUGCACCAAGUGUUGAUUGUGCAGGAACAAAUCCAUGUAGCAGUAAUGUUAAUGAAAGUAAGUUGAGAGAUCCACCGAUACAUUAUUCUGGUUUCACCGGAAAACGCCGUCAGGGAAGAAACCCCGUCGACAAAGAGCAUAGACGCCACAAACGGUUGUUAAGGAACAGGGUUUCUGCUCAACAGGCUCGUGAAAGGAAAAAGGUUUACGUAAAUGACUUGGAAUCAAGAGCUGUGGAGUUGGAAGAGAAAAACACCAAUUUAGAAGAACAAAUUUCAACGUUAAUCAAUGAAAACACCAUGCUGCGAAAGGUUCUCAUGAACACCAGGGCCAAAGUUAACCAAAACAAUGAAGCGUAGAUCAUUUGUUUCGUUAAAUGAACAAGGUUUCUACAAGAUUCGGUUCUGUUUAUUACUUUCUUUUUGUUGGUGAUAACAAAAUGGUGUUUCUGAAUCAAUGUAAAAUAUUUAAACCUACUUGUUAUAAUCUUCUAAUAGUUUUAUAAAAUCUUAAUGUUUCUUUCCUUGGAAA